UGCGGCCGUGGCAGCCGGAGCGGGAGCCCGGAGGACGAAGGCGGCGGCCGUUGCUCCUGCCCUCUCGGGCUGUCCAGCCCUCCGAGACCGCCGGCCCGCGGAGCCUCGUCCCCCCGGGAAGUCCCGGGCCCCUGCCCUAUGUCCCGCAAGGCGAGCGAGAAUGUGGAGUACACGCUGCGGAGCCUGAGCAGCCUCAUGGGCGAGCGGCGCAGGAAGCAGCAGGAGCCGGACGCGGCGAGCGCGGCCGGGGAGCGCAGCCUCCUGGCGGCCGCCGAGUCGAGCGCCAGCCUGCAGGGCGCGGGCGCGGGCGGCGGCGGCGGCGUCGGGGACCUGGAGCGCGCGGCGCGGCGGCAGUUCCAGCAGGACGAGACCCCCGCCUUCGUGUACGUGGUGGCCGUCUUCUCGGCGCUGGGCGGCUUCCUGUUCGGCUAUGACACCGGCGUGGUGUCGGGGGCCAUGCUGCUGCUCAAGCGGCAGCUCAGCCUGGACGCGCUGUGGCAGGAGCUGCUCGUGUCCAGCACGGUGGGGGCGGCCGCCGUCUCGGCGCUGGCCGGCGGGGCCCUCAACGGUGUCUUCGGCCGCCGCGCCGCCAUCCUGCUGGCCAGUGCCCUCUUCACGGCCGGUUCCGCGGUGCUGGCCGCGGCGAACAACAAGGAGACGCUGCUCGCCGGCCGCUUGGUCGUGGGGCUCGGCAUCGGCAUUGCCUCCAUGACAGUGCCAGUGUACAUCGCUGAAGUCUCACCGCCCAAUUUAAGAGGUCGAUUAGUCACCAUUAACACUCUCUUCAUCACUGGAGGCCAGUUCUUUGCAAGUGUUGUGGAUGGAGCCUUCAGUUAUCUCCAGAAGGAUGGAUGGAGGUACAUGUUGGGGCUUGCAGCAAUUCCAGCAGCUAUACAGUUUUUUGGCUUUCUCUUUUUACCUGAAAGCCCUCGAUGGCUGAUUCAGAAAGGACAGACUCAGAAGGCCCGUAGAAUCUUAUCUCAGAUGCGUGGUAACCAGACCAUUGAUGAGGAAUACGAUAGCAUCAAAAACAACAUUGAAGAAGAAGAAAAAGAGGUUGGCUCAGCUGGACCUGUGAUCUGCAGAAUGCUGAGUUAUCCCCCAACUCGCCGAGCUUUAAUUGUGGGUUGUGGUCUGCAAAUGUUCCAACAGCUCUCAGGCAUUAACACCAUCAUGUACUACAGUGCAACCAUUCUGCAGAUGUCUGGUGUUGAAGAUGAUAGACUUGCGAUAUGGCUGGCUUCAGUUACAGCCUUCACAAAUUUCAUUUUCACACUCGUGGGAGUCUGGCUUGUUGAGAAAGUGGGCCGCAGGAAGCUUACCUUUGGGAGCUUAGCAGGUACCACGGUGGCACUCAUUAUUCUUGCCUUGGGAUUUCUGCUAUCAGCCCAGGUUUCCCCACGCAUCACGUUUAAACCAGUAGCUCCAUCAGGACAGAACACUACUUGCACAAGAUACAGUUACUGUAAUGAAUGUAUGUUGGAUCCAGACUGUGGUUUUUGCUACAAGAUGAACAGAUCAACUGUCAUUGACUCUUCCUGUGUUCCAGUUAAUAAAGCAUCGACAAAUGAGGCAGCAUGGGGCAGGUGUGAGAAUGAAACCAAAUUCAAAACGGAAGAAGUAUUUUGGGCUUACAAUUUCUGCCCUACGCCAUACUCCUGGACUGCACUUCUGGGCCUUAUUUUAUAUCUUGUUUUCUUCGCACCUGGAAUGGGACCAAUGCCUUGGACGGUGAAUUCCGAAAUAUAUCCCCUUUGGGCAAGGAGUACAGGAAAUGCAUGUUCAUCUGGAAUAAAUUGGAUGUUCAACGUUUUGGUUUCACUGACAUUUUUACACACAGCAGAGUACCUCACAUAUUAUGGAGCCUUCUUCCUCUAUGCUGGAUUCGCUGCUGUGGGACUCCUUUUCAUCUAUGGCUGUCUUCCUGAGACCAAAGGGAAAAAAUUAGAGGAAAUUGAAUCACUCUUUGACAACAGGUUAUGUACAUGUGGCGCUUCAGAUUCUGAUGAAGGGAGAUAUAUUGAAUAUAUUCGGGUGAAGGGAAGUAACUAUCAUCUUUCUGACAACGAUGCUUCUGAUGUGGAAUAAUUUUCAGCUGCUGAAAUAUUUAGGUAUUUAAACAGACUUGGGGAACAAAAGCAGCAAUUGGUGACCUCACUGCCCUGCUUUUAAUCUGGUUCUUUCCAGUCUAGUUUUGAAUGACCUCAUAUUCUAGAAUAUUUGAUUAGGAGGAAGAUACAACCAUGAUGACAUUUUUUUUUUCACAAGCAGAAAUGUGAAACAAUAUUUAGAGAUUUUAAAUUAAUAAUUAUUGAACAAAUGUAUGUAAAUCCUUCCUGAGAUAGUCUAAAAUGAAUAUUGUAUCCAGUGACUUCAGUGGUAUCCUUUUUUCCUAAGACCAUAUAUAAUUAUUAGUGGCAAUAGAGUCAGUGCUAAACUAGCUGAAUCGUAUAUGUAUGAUAUACUUAUGAAGAAGGAUUCUGGGAUAUGAUCCAAGGAUGUUUUCUGUCAAAACAUGGCCUGUUGGCCCUAAAUUUCCCUAAGGACAAGUAGCUUAUCUGUGAUCAACUAUUAGAAAGUAAAUUCCAUUUAAGCUUUCAGCAGAUUCAAAAGUGCCUCCACAGAGGCAUGGUUGUCCUUAUCUCCUUUGGAUUCCACAUUUUGGUCUCUCUCUCCAAGUCAGAUCUUGAGAGCUCUUGAGAAACUGACUCUGCACAGGACCUUUGGAACAUUAUGAAAAGCAGGUCUUUAAGGGUUUAUUUUCAUACGUAUUUUUUUGCAUCAGUGAUAAGUAUACAUUUGCACAGAUAAGCUGGCAAGUUUUGAUAAGUAUAUUUUAUUGCUAGAAAGUAAGAAAGAAAAAAUUUUUAUGGAUCCCUGAUCGAGUUAGUCACUUAAGUAUGCACCUAUAAACGCAAAACAGUGCCGUGUCUUCAAGUGUAUUUCAGGGUUUCUGUUCAUGCCAAAAUCACCUGAUACUCACCACGCCUUCACUCAUCGACUCUAGAGCCCUACUAUUUGUGCCUUCAUUUUUGUUCUAAAUAGCUGCUAGCAGACUAUUUUCCCCUUUUAAUCAAAUAAUUUCUGAAACAAAAAAGAAAGGAAGAAAAUCAGUAACAGAGAAUGCUGCUGUUAUAUUGAUGUUUAAGUAAAUAGUGGGACUUACGUUUUCCUUAACUUUUUAUUAAUUCUUCAUAAGGGAAUCAUGACAUUUCGUUACUUAAUAGUACUUGUCUUUUUUUACUUUAAGAGCACAAAUUUGUUUUUAUUUUGCACACCCUUUUCUCAUUUUCCCUGACAGUUUACCAAAAAAGAAAAGAUACAUAGAUUUGUCUUUGGGUGUUUCCUUUUUCUCAUACUUGGCUUGGAUUCCUUUCCUUGUCUAAAAAUUGAGAUUUUCUUUUGGAACAGAUUGAUGUUUCUAAUAUAGCAUACAUUUCUGCAGUGUCUUUGCAAAGUGUUCAUUGGUUCUUAUGCUCAUUUCAUCAGUGAUCCCUAUUUUUUGUUCUUAAGAACUUCACAGGAUAUACAAAAUUACUUGCUAGUUCCAGUGAAAAUAUGAAUGAAUCUUAAGUUUGAAGCAUUUUAAUAUGGCUCUAAACAUCUAAUAAGGCACUCUUUGGACUGAAAAGAUAGCUAUCUCUAAAUUCAUUGUUUCUGCCAGUCUCCCAAAGGUGUUUGCUCUUCGCUGGAAGUCUGGCUUAUUCCUGUCACUAUUAUCAAAACUGAAAAUGUAGCCAAGGAGGUUUAUUCUCUUAGCCACCAGGGGUAUGAUAAGCGUGCUUUUAAAAUGUCACUUUACUGGCCUAAAAAAUCCUUCAGCCAAAAAAAAAAAAAAAAAAGCUCCCUUUGAUCAUUUCAUACAAUAAAAAAAUUUAUUUUAGAGAGUUUUUUUCCCUGAAUUAGGUGCUUUGACAAUGGAUUUCUAAGGGGAUACUAGUAUUGAUUUUUCCCCCAGAAAAGCAGAUGUGAUUUAAUAGAAAAAGUUAUUCAUAUUUCUUAUCCCAUAAGAAAUUUCUUAUCUGUGUAAUACUUCACACAGGGAAAGUGAAAUGGAAAAUGAGCUAUUAUGUGGCAAAAUCAGAAUAUGGGGAGAAAAAGCAUUUGGACCAAUUAAAGUGCUCUCUAAAAAUGUAUUUUUCUGAUUUAUCCAAAUAAUUGCCUCAAUUCUUCUCUUUAUUGUAUACAUAGCCUUAAUUAUAUGCUUAUAUACUCAGCUGGGCUGAAUGCACAGUAACCUUAUUAUUAAAGGAGCGACUGGACUUUUAUUAUCUCCUAAUGCAGAACAUGGCCUGUUCUCCCUGAUGUAAGCAAAUGGCACUUUGAACUUUAUAUCCAUAAAUGCACAUAAAAACAGGGAAAAUUAGCCACAGUCCUCCUCCCCUAGUCUCCUCAAACUCUCCUUUAAAGAACUAUUUGUUAUUUAUAUAGUGAUAAAGACAGUAUUCCAUAUCUUGGAAGUAUAAGACAGAAUGGCAUAGUAUAAAGAUUAUUUAUAAUUUUUUUAAAAACAACUACUUAAAAAGAAACCUUAUACAACUAGGGUGUUGUUUUUAGAUUCAGUGAACAUUUAUAGUAUAUUAAAAAUUAAGUAUUUGAACUUUUCAGGUUUUUUUAUAUUAUGUACCUUUUAAGUUCCUAGCAUCUUUGGCUACCACUAUCAACUUGAAAACAUUACGUUUGAAAUAUCAUCAAAUAUAUAUAUUUUUAGGACAAUUUAUAUAUGGUAUGAUUUGACCUACCGUAUUAAAACAGACUGAGCAUCAUGCUUUUAACUGAAAUUAUAGGUGUCCUUCUAAGCAUGCUGCAAAUUCAAUAGACAUGUAUUAUGUUUCAGGAAUACAUUGCAGAGCAAGUCGUAACUCCUAGUUGAGGCUUAGCUUGGUGGCUGAUGAGAUCUGCUCUAAAGAGAAUAGAACCCUCCAUCUGCACCUGAACACAGGGACGAACAUGAAGUCAGAUAAAUUGUAAAGAUCUGGCAUUAAUAAUUUUCUUCAAUACAAACAUUCUUAAUAAUUUUGACUGUCGCACCUUAGUCAGUAAUUACCCAAAACAUGAUUUUUAAUGUAUUUGUAAAAGAUCCAAAUGAAAACUAAAUUUUAAAGGUAAUAUUUUCAUUUGAAAUUUUGUUCCCAGCCAUAUGCAGUAAUUAGUUCCCUGAUGGAAAAUACUAUGAUGGUAAUGGCUAUCAUCAAGUGCUUUUUCAUAAUAAUAUUUUACCACUGAACUACAUUUUCAUGUAGAAGAUUCUAAAUAUUAUUUUUUAGGUUAUUCACCCUAAAAUGAGAAUUCCACUAAAGAAUUUAGAAGUUAUUUACUAUAGUUUCAAAAUCCAUUAUCCAGAGGGAGAAUGAACAGGAAAAAUGUAACUGACAACCUACACUUUUGCUUUUUAUUGGAAAGUAAAAUUGAUAUGUAUUACAAUCCUAGAUCCUUGGGGGAGAAUAUUCUACAAAAUACUAUCCAUGUGUUCUCUAAGAAAGUCUCACAACUUAAUGACACUAACCAUUUAUAAGUACUGUAAUACAGUAAGGAGGAGUGGAAGGAUUGUUUUAUCUCAUCAGCAUAGUUCAGAACAAUAAAAUUAUUGAGAUGUUUUGUAAUAAUCAGAUUUUUUUUAAUCAUUCUCCUGGUUAUAAAAUCUCAAAUUACACUAGCACCUAAAAACCUGCAUUUACACAGUUGUUGCAACAAGUUUUCAAGUACCAAAUUUAGAUCUUUUCCUAACUACAAAUGAAAAAAAAAAAAUAUCAGGCCACUAGCAAAGAAUUCAUAACAAUGUGCUUUAUAGCAAAAUGUAUUAAAUAGCGGGUAAAAUUUAUAGCUUAUGUGUAGCUGCUGACAAUAACAAGACUCAGAAUUAUUCUCUAGAUUAAUUUUAAUGUCCUGUUUUCUGUCACUUUCUAUCAAUUUUCUUAGCCUCGUGUACAGUAAUGUUAAGCUAAUUUGAUCAAGUGAUCAGUGGUAGCAGUGUAUCUGUUAUCAGUACAUUCCCUUCUUCUGGGUGAGAAAUAUUGCUAUUUUCCACAAAUAGCAAUCAUUUUAAAAACAACUAACUGCUACCAACUUUUACAUUAUCUUUUACAUUAUCUUUUAGAGAAGCAAAUAUUUGUGUGCCAAUAAUCAUCGAAGAGAUACUUUGUAAGUGUGCUAAUGAUGUUCAGAAGUACAUGACAGCAUUUUAUCCUCAUAACUUGCUUGUGAGUGAGUGUAAAACAAUAUAAUUCCUAUAAAUCUUUACUUUGGAUGUAUAAAACAGUCUGUUGCACUGAGUGAUUUGGUCUAUGAAAUGUUCAGUAACUACCUUCAGUUAGCAGUAAUAUUCAGAUUUUUAUUUCACACUCUUAAGUUCAUGUGUUUGAUUUCGUCAUAUCAGUAUGAGAAAAAGGAAUGCAGCUUCCAAGUACUUAAAAACCAAUUUUUGUAAAGUUUUAAAAUUUUAGUAAAUUUAACAUCAUUCCAUCUCAUUUGAAGGUUAAAAAGAUGAGACUUAACUCUAGCCAAAGUAGAAAUUUAUAUUCUACAUGUCCAAACUGGUUCCUAGCAGCUUUUGGACUAUAUCUUAUUUGAUGUUAGAGUAUCUUUAUUUGUAAUAAAUGUUCAAAUUUCUAUUUAGAAGCUCUAAUGUACAUCUAGAUUAAAUCAAAAGUUUUAUGCUUUUAAAAUAUGUAUUUCAAAAUGUAUAUUUUAAUUUGAGUGCAUGUUAUAUAGUAUUUAAUACUUCACAUGUCUUAGAAAAUUCAGUAUAAAUAUUUAUUCUUACAUAUGUGACAUAUGGGAUGUCUCAAAAAUUAUGAAUAUGUAUCAUUUCCUUCAAAGUCAUUCUAACCUAUAGCUGUAUCAAAAGUAUUGUAUAUUUUAUGGAAAUUUAGUGAUGUAUAUGUAAAUUUUUUAAGUUAUUUUAUCGAAGUUCAAUCUUUACAUAAAAUUAAAAUCUUUUUUUAAAAAAAGUGUCAGUGCCAGAACUGUAAAUGAAAAUAAUCAAAUAAAAGUUAAGACAAUUCAUUACUCAUUUA